AAGAGUGAACACAACAACCUAAAUAUAAGUUCUACUUUUAAAAACGAAAAAAAAACUCUCUUUCUAAAAAUAAAACGAUUUUUGUAGUAUUUACAUUUUUUGAAAUUCUUAAACGAUCGACUCACCUAUAAAGUAUCUUUAUCUUUUAAAAAGUACAUCGCGCAGUCGUCAUCGUAUCUAUCUAUCAGUAUCAGUUGAGUUUGAUAUCUCGAGCGUAGUGCGUAGGUUGUGCGCGGAUAUACAAAACAAAAUUUAGAAAAAUAUAACCUAAGUGACAUUUAAACGAACUUUUGCAAUAUGACAAGUGUGUGCUCCCAAAAUUCCCACAUGAUGCAGCCACAACAGAAGUACAUCAUGGUGCCAGCCGGUACCACCAUCGUGUACCAUCAGCAACAGAAGCAGCUCGCUCCGGCUCCACUAAGCCGGAAGACGAAUUCAAUCCUUGGCAUGAAUGGUGUCAACAUGAUGCCUAGUUCGGUGGGACCGAUUGCCAAAAAGAAAUAUACCUACAACAACAUGCCCUAUGGUGAACAGAUGCCAUCCGUGGCAAGACGUAAUGCUCGUGAGAGGAAUCGUGUGAAACAAGUGAAUAAUGGAUUUGCCACUCUGCGCCAGCACAUUCCAACUACUAUUGUUAGUGCGCUGUCAAGUGGUGGUCGUGGUGCCAGCAAAAAACUCAGUAAGGUUGACACCUUACGCAUGGCCGUGGAGUACAUCCGGGGUCUUCAGGACCUCCUCGACGAUGGUGAUAGCCAGGGAUCAUCAUAUGGUUCUCCAUCGCCGUCAUCAUCAUCACUAUCAUCCUCGUCCUACUAUCAAGCUGAAGGUAAUUCGGAAGAAUUCAUCUUGCAAAACUCCUACAACUCCGAGGCAUCUGCUUCUCCAGCUCCUUCAUACAGCUCUGAUGUAUCAAUCGGAGGAAGUGGCAGUGCAAACAACAGCAACGACUACUUACAAUCAUCCUCGAGUGACGACCACAUUCAAUUCAAAUUUGAACCCUUCGAUAGUUACGAUCAAAUUGUUGGCGAUACUCCUGAUGAUGAAGAACUUUUGGAUUACAUCUCGUCUUGGCAAGAACAGUAAAUCAACAUCUCCUUCAAACUUAAAACAAAAACACUUUAAAUAUUUUUAUUUUCAUUGCGAAAUGAAAGUAACCACAAACAAUUAUGAGACAAUAUGUCCAGUGAUUUUUAGAUAGUAUUUUAUUAUUGGUUCAACAAUAAUUCCAAUAAUAUUUGUUCAAGGAUUCAACAAAUUAUCAAAAUGAAUCUACUCUUGUAUAAAGUUCUCUAGUCAAGAAUAAUGUAAAUAUAAAUUUGUAUAUAACAAAACACAAACAAAAACAAAACAAAAACCUGUAAAAAGUUGAAACUUUAAAAUGUGCCUUAAUUGAUAGUAUUUUAAAUUUAAGAUUAAUAUUUUAAUUAUUUUUUAUAAAUGGAAGACAAUGAUUUAAAACUUAACUUUUAUUUUUAUUUAGAUUAUAGUUUAUUUAGUUUUUAAGCAAAACAAAAA